AUGAGACCACGGCCCUGCUUCAUCUUCCGCGAGGCCAGCAGGGAAGCGGAAAGAGUUGGUGACAGCCGGAAGGGUGCGACCCUCGGCCACGGAGCCAAAGAGCCUCAGUCGAGCGCGCAUCGCAGCUCCUUAUCACAGUGUCAGUUUUGUCAGGUACUCGGCGCUGCUGUAGGCGGUGCUGGAGCUUAUGCAGCAUCAGACAGCGUGCGUGGGCCCGUCGACGAAGCCGUCAAGAAGCUCACGGAAGCUUUUGAGGAUUUCAACGACACCUCGCGCGAGUUCUUCGAGAACGCGGGAGAUCGUGUUCUGGGAAAGCGACAGGAGCCAUGGCUCCUGGACCGCCAGACCAUGAAGUAUGAUGAGAUGCUCCCCACGCUGGUGCUUGAUUUGGACAAGGUGAUACUUCAUCUUCAUCAUGAAAGCAAGCAGGGCUGGCAAGUCGUGAAACGACCCUUCGCAGACCAGUUCUUCAAGGAAAUAUGCCACUACUACGAGCUGGUGAUCUUCUCUGAUGACGUGUUUCCAGUGGCCUUGGACAUUGUCUCGAAGUGGAAUCUUCCGAUCUCGGGCGUCCUCCACCGAGACUUCUGCAAGAAGAAGCGGAACCAUUUCGUGAAGGACCUUUCCAAGCUGGGGCGGAGGUUGGACCGUACGCUCAUGAUCGACCACGAUCCGGCAGCCUUCCAACUACAGCCGGCCAAUGGCAUCGUCAUUCGGCCAUUUGAGGGCGACACCAGUGACACCGAACUCGCAGAUCUGCUGGAGUUCUUGAAGGCUGCCGCAUGCAGCCCCACCGACCUGCGGAAGUUUGUUGAGAAGUAUGGAGGCGGUGAUCAGGACGUUGGCAGGCGCUAUCUGGUACAGAAACAAGAGCAGGACAAGCUGGUGGAAAGCAGGAGAUCUCUUGGAAGGGCCUUUGGCAAGAACCCAUCCAUCGGCAGCCAGCCUGGACAGCCGCUCGGUAUGACAAAGGAAGAUGAAGCACAGAGAGAUGCACAAGGGACCCCUAAUAUAGACCUGCAGACAGUAGGAUUCCUUAUGAUAAGGGCCCCCGAUAAGGUACCCCAAAUUUCGGAAACCCUAAACCCUAAGCCCUAA